AUGACCGCCACGCCCGCGCGCGACAGCGACUCGGAGAUGGAGGAGAUGCCCCUGAGGGAGCGCAUGGCCAAGUUUGACGAGGAACUAGCCGAACAUCGCGGCUUAGUCGAGCGUCUGGCGCCCGGCCCGCCCAAGGUGAUCGCGCCGCUCACCGUCGCGGAGGCUUUCGAUUUGCUCGAUGCGGCCAAGGCCAAGGACCAGAAACAAAAGAAGGCGCACCAGGCCGAGGACAAGGCGAAGGAGAAGGAGAUGCCGCCGUGGUGGAGGCUCAACGAGGAUUACUUCAGGGAGCUGCGCGUGCGCGACUUGGCCCGCGUCGUCCCGCCUCGCGGGUGGCUCGCCGAAGCCGACCCCGACCUCCUCGUGCCACCGCGUGGACGCCCCGCCAGCCGCGAGGGCGGACCGGACGAGGCGACGUGGUGGAGGGACGCCCCGAGCGCCCAAGGCGGCGUCGGUGUUAACCCCCAACCCGUCCCAAACGCAGCCCCGGGCGCCAGCUGUGCGUCGAUGGAAAAAGUGACGACGACGACGGGUGUGUCGGUCGCGGCGCCUCCCACGCCGCUUGUUUUCGCGCCGUACGUGGCGCCGAAACCGUCGGGACCCGCGGUGGGGCACGACCUCCUCGACGCGGAGCUCCGCGCGGACGAACUCGCGGCGUUGGCGCGCGGCGUGCUGCUAUUCUCCGAGCGGCGCGAGAAGGACGUUAAAACGCUCGCGAAGGAAUUUUGCGCGCGAGACGAGAGACACGUGGAGGAUUGGCUCGCCGGCGUCGGCAGGUGCAAGCGACGCGAGGAUGGAGACGACGUCUGCAAAGGGGUGGCGAGGUGGCUGAGGCACCGCGCGGCGACCGCGCAGAUCGACGCGGCGAAGGAGAGACGCGACGCGACCGAGCCGCUGGAUAUAUACAGGGCGGAGGCUCAGCCGACGAGGCCAGACGGCAGCGGAGGAGACGGCGUACCGGCGUCGCCGUACCAGCCCCCGCCGCCCACCGUCGUCGCCGUCAUCAAGACGAACGACGACGGCACGGUGUACGUCGGCGGCGAGGAGCCCGCGAAGGCUGCUGCGGCGGCGGCGGCGGCGGCGGCGGCGGCGGGCGGGGAGGGCAACGCCGGCGCGACGGGCGUGCUCGGCGGCGUCAUCACCGGCGCGGCGGCCGUCGCCGCGCGCGCCCUGGGACUCGGUGGACGGACCGCGUCGACGAUGUCCGCGUCGUCCGCGGCGGUGAACGGGGGUUCGCUCUCGGCGCUUGCCUCGUCCGCCGCGAUCGCCGCGUCCGACGGCGGGUCCGACGCGGCCAAUCAGAGAGCGGAACCGGCGACGGAGGAGGAGCGGGCGGAGGCUGAGCACAGGCGGCUGGUUCGGCGGGCGUUCGGCCACCAGGGUUCGCUUCCGCACCUUCACGGCCCGUGCCAGACGGACGAGGCGAUGCCGCCGCACACCGCGAUGCUGUUGGACAGGUGCUUCUGGCUGGCGUCGUCGGUGUCGAAGCUGCCGAAGGCUCCGCCGCCGACGCCGUGGAUCUCGCCCUCGCCGCCGAAGCUCCGCGAGGUGGUGUCCUCCAGGGCGUCUCGACAGGGUGAUAAAAAGGGAGGCCCCCCUGGGGGACGUAACGGCAGGGGCGACGCGAGCGCCGGCGGCCGGUGCGCCGUGUGCGUGGUUCAGAAGAAAGGCCGGUGCGGCACCGACACGGCGCCGCGGAACUGCCUCCGCCGCGCGGGCGCCGGCAGGUUCAAGCGCGACGACGACGACGACGACGAAGAGGAGGAGGAGCCCGACCCGUUCGACGCCUCGCCGGAGGUGAAGGCGGAGCAGCGUCCGCCGGCCAAGGGAGCCGAGGAAAACGCCGAGGAAAACGCGCCCGUUCUUCCCAAACCCAGACCCAAGUGGCGAACGCCGCCCGCCGCCUCCACCGCGGCGAUCGCGGCGAUGCGAAAGGAGGAGCGAAGACGGCGAAGGGAGGAGGCGAAGGCGCGGCGCGCGGCGCGCGUCGGCACCGACGACGGCAUGGCCAGCCACACCGAAUCCGACUCCGACGAAUCAUCCGACUCGGAUUCUUCCUCCGACUCGGAUGCCUCCGACGCCAGAUCCGCCCAAUCCGAACUGGACGCGCUCACCAGGGCGCUCGACUCCCGCCCCGAGCUUCGAGCCGCCGCGCCGUGCGACGAGGUCGAGUCCGAGACGCUCGCGCUGCAGUACGAGCUCCUGUGGCAGCAGCAGGCGAACCGCGCGGUGCUCUCCGCGGUGCUCAAGCGCGUCGCGUCCGCGUGCGAAGAGGAGGGUGAAACUUUUGCUCGAUGCGAGGGCGACAUCGCCGAGGCGGCGCAGAUGAUGUCCAAAGUUCGCGAGGUGCGACGGAUGGUCAAGCGGGAGAAACGGGAGGCUGACCAGCGCGCGGCGCUGGAACGGGCCGCCGCCGCCGCCGCCGCGUCCUCCCGCGUCGGCGCGCAGCGCAGGGACGCCGACGGUAACGUCAUCGCGCCCGUCAUGGGCGCGCUGGACGGGUUACCGCCCGACGUGGUGGCCGCGGCGCUGGGCAGGGCGGAGGAGGAGGCGACGCGCAGGGCGGCUCGAGAACGCGAGAGGAGGGAGGCGGCCGAGAACGCGGCGCUCGCGGCAAAACUCGCGAAGAAAGCGGCCGAGUCGUAUCGACCGCCGCCGCCGAUGACGGGACGGUUCGGCCAACCGGCGACGCACCAACCGGCGACGCAACAAACCUGUAACGCCCCGGCUGCGUCCGUUUCGGCGCGAUCCGCGACGCCGGAGACCCCCGUCGCGGCGGCGGGGGGUGCGGGCGGCACCCUCGGCACCCUCGGCACCCUCGGCACCGCCCACUCGACGCCCCCCGCGUCCGUCUCGGCGGCGCCCGCGACGUUGGUGGACACGGUGCACGCCGCCGCCGAGGCUGGCGCGGCGCGUCGACCGGGGGAGUGCGCGGUCUGCGCGGGGACCGCCGACGCGGCGCACGCGCGCGAGACGAUGCGGUGCGCGCGAUGCGCGCUGCCGGUGCAUCCCCGGUGCUACGGGUCGACGCCCGGGUCAUCAAUUGAGGGGUGGAUGUGCUGGUGCUGCAAAGACGCCACGGCAAAGGGAAAGGCGAACACCCCCGCGGUGCUCGCCGCCGCGCGCACCGCGCCGCCGGGGUCGAUCAGGCCGUCGAGCCAGGAGAAGAUGGCGAUGUACCGCGGCGUGUCGUGCAUCCUGUGCCCCGUGCAGCUCGGCGCGUUCAAGCAGACGGACGACGGGCGUUGGUGCCACGUCGUGUGCGCGCAGUGGCAACCCGAGGUUUGUGUCAAGGACGCCGACGAGAUGCGGUGCUUCGAGGGCAUCGCGCAAAUCCCGAAGGAGCGCGCGACGCAGCCCUGCGUCGCGUGCGGCCAAACCGCCGGGGUCACGAUGCGAUGCAGCUACGGCCACUGCCAAGCCACGUUUCACCCGCUGUGCGCCAGGCAGAGCGGCUUCCACGUGCGCGCCAGCGACGGGUCCAAGCCGCAGUUUCGCGCAUACUGCGACAAGCACUCGCCGACGCAGCGCGAGCGGGACGACGCUCGCGGCGUACCGCCCGCGGUCGUGCCCCCGCCACCCGAGCUCGGACCCGUCACGGUGACGUCGCUACCGGUGACGUCGCUGCCGGUGACGACGUCGCUGCCGGUGACGUCGCUACAGGCGGGCGGACAGGCGAUGAACGUUCCCCGCGGCGGGUCGCCCUCGCCCGGCCCAAACGGCGAGGAGGGAUCCGCCAUUCGGCGGCUUCGAAGCGACCUUCAAAGAGCGAGGGCCGCGGGGUUGGCCCCCGGCGGCAGGAAUGGCGGGAAGCGCAAGGGAGGUGUGGGCGGCGGUAGGAACGGCGGUGGGUUCGACGACUCGGGCACCGCUUCCGACGCGGAGCCCGGGUCGAGCGUCAUCGGUCCCAGCGGCGUGGUACCAACCGCGCCCAAGCGAGCGCGCACGGGCUCGGCGAAGCAGCUCAAGUCCGCGGCGGCGGCGGCGGCGGCGAGGGCGGGGGUCGGGUUGGGGGUUGGGUCGGAGGCGCCCGGGAAUGGCCGCGAGGGCGAGUUUGGAAAGUCCGCGACGACGACGACGACGACGACGCAGCCGAAGAAGCGGGGUCGGCCGAGGAAGGUGCAACCCGAGGGCGACGGCGUCGCGAGCAAGGAGCCGGGCGCGGGGGGCGCGAACUGA